AUGCCCCUGAAUCGCUUACCACGAUCCACUUUCCUUUCGCAAUCUCGCUAUAAUGCCGGUUUGAGGAUACGUGCCUCGCGGCCCCUCCAAAGCCUCCGUGGCUUCUUGACGUCUGCUACAGAAGCCCCCGAUAUCGCCUUUGCUUUUGACAUUGACGGUGUCCUUCUUCGUUCCUCCAAACCUAUACCCGGUGCUUCGGACGCCCUUCGUACCCUUCAAGAACGCGGCAUUCCCUUUAUCCUGUUGACAAAUGGCGGCGGAAAACAUGAGACCGAGAGAGUUGCCGAGAUCAGCGAGAAACUGAAUAUCACCCUAGAUCCGAGCGUUAUUAUUCAAAGUCACUCACCAUUCGCUGAGUUGGUCAAUGGAGCAUUUGGACAGGAAGCAUUGGAACAUAAGACCAUCUUGGUUGCAGGCGGUGAUGGUGACAAUUGCCGCUUAGUCGCCGAGAAAUAUGGAUUCAAAUCAGUCGUGACGCCGGGCGAUAUCCUCAAUGCAUAUCCCGGUAUCUGGCCAUUUGCGAAAAACUUCAAAGACUAUUACAAGUCAUUUGCACGACCUCUACCCAGACCAAUUGACCCAGCGGAUCCUUUAAAAAGUCUCAAGAUUGAUGCAAUGUUUGUGUUCAAUGACCCACGAGAUUGGGGUCUUGAUAUCCAGGUUAUUAUAGAUAUCCUCUUAUCUUCGCAGGGUAUCAUGGGAACACUAUCUGAUAAGAACGGGAAACCCGAGCUACCAAACCGCGGAUAUCAGCAAGACGGCCAACCUCCGUUAUACUUCUCGAAUCCAGAUUUAUGGUGGGCAGCAAGCUAUCAUCUUCCAAGACUUGGUCAAGGAGGAUUCCGCGAAGCUCUGGAAGGAACUUGGGCCGCCGUAACCGGUGGACCAACUCAAGGGGUUGAACUAAUCAAAACUGUGGUUGGAAAGCCAUAUGCACUUACGUAUCGAUUCGCAGAGAAUCAGUUAUUGCGAAAUCGGUCAAAGAUAUUUGAUCAUGAAGGCCUACCUCCAAUAAGGAACGUUUUCAUGAUUGGCGACAACCCGGAGUCUGAUAUUCGUGGAGCCAACACCUAUAAUAGCGAGUAUGGCAGCAAAUGGCAUUCUAUCCUUGUGCGAACGGGCGUGUACAGUGGUGGCACUCCCGCAUAUCAACCGACAACGAUUGCGGAUGAUGUGAAGCACGCCGUGGAGUGGGCUCUCAAGGCCUCAGAACAUUAA